UUAGGAUCCUGCCCGUCCUCGUAUUUUACGUGCACUGAUGGCAGUUGCAUACCUAUGCGCUGGAAAUGCGACUCUAAACCCGAUUGUGCUGAUGCCUCAGAUGAGCCGAGUGAAUGCGUAAAUGCUCCCAAAUGCAAUGAGGGGCAAUUUCAAUGUACGCAUUCACGCAGAUGUAUACCCAAUAAUUGGGUAUGUGACAGAGAUUUCGACUGCGGCGGAUACGAUACAUCCGAUGAGACGAACUGUCAUAUGGAUGAAUUGAAAUGUCUUCCGUAUCAGAGCGAGUGCAGCAACGGUGUUUGUCUGGACAUAUCGCGUUUCUGUGACGGUAUUUGGGAUUGUGAUAGUGACGAGCUUAAAUGCGAUACACAGGAUGCGCAGUGUGCGCAGCUGAACUGUUCCUUCAACUGCAAGCUAACAACGCGCAAGGGACCCACCUGCUACUGUCCGCCGGGCCAGGAGCCUGUCAAUAGUACACAGUGUGCAGACUUCGAUGAGUGCAGCGUAGAGGGUACCUGCGACCAAUUGUGUCGCAAUACGCCCGGAUCGUAUGAGUGCAGUUGUGUGGCAGGCUAUGUGAAGCAAAAAAAUCGCUGCAUGGCGAUAAAUGUUCCGCCAAGUGAAAACGCCUCGCUGGUGUUUUUCACGCAAAAUGAUAUGCGUCGCAUCAACAGCAACGGUGAGCUGUUGGAAAAAAUUGUGUCGGGUGAGGUGUCUACUAUUGAAAUUUGGCAUCGCAAUCGAACGGUGUGUGCCAUGUACUCAAGUGCUUGGACGACUGUCAUCAUGCGUUGCCAUCGCAUCGAUAAUCUGAACGUCAGUUGGCCGAUGCCGUUGCCGGAGAUGGUCGCCGGCAUGCAUUCCAUCGAUAAAUUGCGCUUGGACUGGAUAUCGGGCAACUGGUAUUUUCUCAACAAUGAGCUAAGUCUCGUAUUCAUGUGCACGAAUUCGAUGCAAUACUGCAAUGUGUUGCUGGAGGACGUAAUGAAUCCGUCGUCAAUGGUUUUGGAUCCCACCAAAGGUUUCAUGUUUUUCACCGAAUGGAGCCCAAGUUUGUCACGCGUCACUCUCGAUGGCCGUAAUCGCACCAUUUUGGUUUCCACGCAAAUUUAUUAUCCUAGCCACAUGACAUUGGAUUUACCCAAUGAACAUAUCUACUGGAUAGACACUUACAAGGAUUUCAUCGAGCGUGUCGAUUACGAGGGAUGCAAUCGUUGGGCCAUGAAGAAGACCGCAGAUACGCACGUUGUGUUGAAAUCGGUGCAUGCCGUCGAGGUAUUUGAGAACACUGUCUACCUAGCGCCUUGGGUUGACACCGUGAUUGUUAAAAUCAACAAAUCCACGCUGAAAGCAGAAGAAAUAGUUAAGGAUGCAGCGAGGCCAUACGAUUUUCGGGUUUUUCAUCGACAGAAACAGCCCGAAGUGGCACAUCCAUGUCGGGAUAACAAUGGCAAUUGCGAUCAAAUUUGUAUUCCGCUAUGGACGAAAAAUUUUGCAACGGCCCAAUGCCAAUGCACGGCAGGCUAUAAAUUACGCAACCGAACCGACUGCAUAUCGGUUCGCAAUGAAAAAUUUCUCCUCUAUGGCAAGGAGCGUUUGGCCAGCAUCGCCGGAGUAUCGUUGAACACACAGGAUGUGCAACAGUUGCUCAAACGUGGCGAGCAUACCGAUGCUAUCAGGCCCAUCUAUAAUGUAACCAGACCUUUGAGUAUUGAUGUAAAUGUGCGCGACAAAUUAGUGUAUUUCGUUGUGAUGAAAGCCUCAAGUUACGCACUCUAUAGUCAGUCCAUUGUAACUGCAGAACGUAAAGUGCUAGCCAAUGGCAGCGAAAGUUCUUCGAUUUUGGCCUUCGAUUGGAUUGCGCAGCAUUUGUAUUGGGGUGAGGGCAGGUCUUUGCGUGUGGCGCCAAUCAGAAAUAUGAGCAGGAUUUUUACACUGCCGUUAGUUGAAAUGCCAAUUUCAUUGGUGCUCCAUCCCACCGAUGGUAUGCUAUAUUUCACACAUUGGAUGGGUGAUGCGAAAGGAAAAAUUUUUAGUGCCUGGCUUGACGGCACACACAAAAUGAUGCUGGCUGAGAGUGUGAAGGAUAUGCCCAUGCUGUGGCCGCUCAGUUUAAACAUCGACCGCAGGGGCAAAAAGUUGUAUUGGUGCGAUGUGAAAGCGAAUAGUAUAGAACGUAUGAAUUUGGAUGGUUCACAGCGUGUGCUGCUCUUCAAGGAUGCCGAGUAUCAGCCUUUGUCAGUGGCCUUUCACAACGGCGUCGUUUUCUGGGUGGAUAAGAAAAAUGGAACUAUAAGGCGUUUUACAGUGCACCACCCUACUAAAGCAGCACUAAAGGGAAGUCAAACGGACGUACAUCUUUUGGAACGCGGCGAGACUACACACUUGAAGAUAUUUGACGCCAUCAGCCAGCCUGCAACGAUUGCCAUGAAUGCAUGUGCAAAAUCUAAGUGCCCGGGCAUUUGUUUGAACACCCCAAAGGGCCCGAUCUGCCGUUGCCCAAAUAAAUUUACCCUUAACGCCAAUGGACUGCAGUGUAUUCCACAGAUGGUGCUAAGUGAACCAGCGGGCAAUUGCACUUCGGGAUUUCAAUGCACUAAAAGCAAGCAGUGUAUAGAUAUGAAGGAUGUCUGCGAUGGUUUUGAUGAUUGCAAUGAUGGCAGCGAUGAGAGCAACGAACCGAAUGGGCCGUGUAAUACAAAGAAAUGCGAUUUAAGUUUGCAUUUCAUCUGCAAUAAUCGUUGCUAUCAGAGAGCGUUGUUGUGCAGCUCAAUUGCCUACUGCAAGGAUGGGACCGAUCAGAUGAAUUGUGAGAUGCACACAUGCAACAGCAAUGAAUUUACGUGUGCGAAAAGUGGAAAAUGUAUCCAGCUGUCAUGGGUGAAUGAUGGUGUGCCCGAUUGCGGCCCCGAUGAUUCUUCGGACGAGAUAUCGGAUUAUACAUUGGACGAAAAGUGCCCAGAAUUUGAUUGUAAGAAUGGCAAGUGCCGUCCAUUUUCUGAUGUCUGUGACGGCAUAGAUCAGUGCGGCGACAAUUCCGAUGAGCGCGGUUGUGAAUUCGAGUGCGGACGCGAUGAGCAUUACUGUGUACCCAUUGGCUGUUACGGAGAACUUCAUAUGUGCGAUGGCAUACAGGACUGUUUCGAUUUUAGUGAUGAAGCAAAUUGUAAUGAGACGAAGAGUGAUAAUCAUCCAAUAGAUUUGGGUGAAGUGCACGUUUGUGGACCCUUCGAAUUCGGUUGCAACGGCCCGUUCGAGUGUAUACCAGAGUUCUUGCGCUGCGACGGUAUUGCGCACUGUUAUGAUAAGUCGGACGAGCUCAACUGCACGUCUUUGCAUCCUUCUAAAGUGGACUUCAAUGAGACGCUACUUUCGUGCGAGUCACCGGAUCGAGUUUGUGCCGUGUCGAAUAAGUGCAUUGGUGUACAGCAAUUGUGCGACGGCAAUAUCGAUUGUGAGGACACCACCGAUGAGGGGUUCCUUUGCGCCGACAAAAUGUGUGACAAAACAAACGAGUGCUCUCACUACUGUCAUAAUGCGCCGGAGGGCUUUGUAUGUUCCUGCCCGGCCCAUAUGUACUUACAACCUAAUGGACGUCGUUGCAGCAUGCAACAUGCCUGUGAGCACUGGGAUACUUGCUCUCAAAUUUGUGAGACUGUUGGCAAAGUGUACGAGUGCAGGUGCCACGAGGGCUAUGCGCUCGAAUACGAUCGCUUCAGUUGUAAGAGCACAGCUGUUGAUGAACCAUAUGUCAUAUUUACCAAUCGCCAGGAAAUACGUGGUGUUAAUUUGAAAAAGUCGAUGGUGAGCAACUUCUAUACGUCGCUUCGUAAUACGAUCGCUUUGGACUUUCUGUAUAACAAUGAGUCGGUGCAGAUAUUUUGGACAGAUGUAAUCGACGAUAAGAUAUAUCGUGGCUAUUUGGUGGGCGAGAGUUUGCGCAAAGUGGAGGCAGUCGUGCAUUCGGGUUUGUCGACUACUGAGGGCUUGGCGGUAGAUUGGAUUGGUAUGAAUUUGUAUUGGGUUGAUUCGAACCUAGAUCAGAUCGAGGUGGCCAAGCUAAAUGGCAGUUUUCGACGUACGCUGGUUGCCGGCGAUAUGGAGAGCCCUCGUGCUAUAGCGCUCGAUCCGCGCGAAGGCCUACUCUUUUGGACCGAUUGGGAUGAUAACUUCCCACGUAUUGAACGCUGCUCGAUGGCCGGUGAACAGCGUCGCACUAUUUCAACUACUUCACAGGUGUCGGCCGGUUGGCCAAAUGGACUGACCUUGGAUUACACACAAAAACGUGUAUAUUGGGUUGAUGCGAAGUCAGACUCAAUAUCGACAAUCAAAUAUGAUGGUUCCGACCACCACUUAGUGGUGCGGGACAAGGAUAUAUUAUCUCAUCCAUUCGCGAUAUCCGUCUUCGAAAACUACGUGUACUGGACGGAUUGGCGCACUACCUCCGUUAUACGGGCCAACAAGUGGAAUGGUUCGAACAUACAAGUAAUACAACGCACACAAACGCAGCCAUUUGGCAUACAAGUGCUGCAUUCUAGUCGACAGCCGCAAGAUGAAAAUCCAUGUGGCAAUAAUAAUGGCGGUUGCUCUCAUUUGUGUUUGCUGACUAUUAAAAAGGGCUUCAAAUGUGAGUGUCCACACAUAAUGCGGCUGGAUCCCUCAGAUCAACGUACGUGUGUGCCCAAUGAGCAGGUGCUGCUCUUCAUAAUGGGCGAUGAGAUACGCGGUAUUGAUCUAAUGCAACCCAAUCAUCACACCAUACCCACAAUACGACAAUCGCCACAAGUGCUAGCUCCUCAACGAAUUGACUUCACCGUGGAUGAUAGCCGCAUUUAUUGGUCUGAUAUACAAUUAAAUGAAAUCAAAACGGCUGGUAUUUCCAAUGGACUUAUCGAGACUAUCAUCAACACGGAUAUACAGAAGCCAUAUGGAUUUGCCAUUGAUUGGAUAGCGCGGAACAUGUACUUUUCAACGGGCAAGACGAAAUGUCAAAUAUUGGCAAGUAAUUUGAAAGGAGAAUUCGUCACUGAAAUACAUAGGGACCUCAAUUUGGUGGAGAGUAUUGCGUUGGAUCCUGCGAUUGGUAAAAUGUAUUGGAUACAUUCAGAACGCGACUCGAAACUGUGGCUUAUUGAGCAGAGCAAUUUGGAUGGAUCCUCACGUGGCACCAUUUUUCAACAUAACAAGACAUUGUUGAGCUUGACCGUUGACUUUGAUUCGCAGCGUUUGUACUAUGUUUAUGACAACUCCGGCAUUGCCUACUAUGAUAUUUUGCGAAAGAGUGUGGUGGAAGCGUUGCCCUCAAGUGAUGUCAUGACCAUAAGCUCAGUGACAGUAUACAACGGUUCCUUAUACUUUCCAGAAAACAUACAAAGUGUCAUUAUGAGCUGCGAAAAAGACUCCUGCCAAAACUUGAUUAAUUUACGCAAGAAUACAAAAAGUAUUCAAUCACUGAAGAUGUUUUACUCCGAGGCUCAGACCGGCUCGAAUACGUGCGCUGGCCCGGAACGUGGAGGCUGUGAACACCUCUGUUUGGCCGUAUCCUCUACGGAACAUGUCUGCCGCUGUGCUAUCGGCUAUGAUAUACUUACUUCGAACAUCACUCGCUGCGUAGGCAAAGCUGAAUUCAUUUUAUAUUCCAAUCAUGAGCUCAAGGGCAUUGACCUCUAUAACCCGAGCAACCCCGACUAUGUAGAAGAGAGGCCGGCACUUGGUCCUAUCUCACGUAUUUCACUCGCCACUUAUAUAGAUUAUCUCGCCGCGAGCGACUUUUUAUAUUGGGGCGAUAAUGAACGCGGCACAAUCUCGCGCAUUAAACGCGAUGGUACACAGCGCGUUGACAUUCUACCUGCCAUGGAUACCAUAGACCCUAAGCAACAAGAUUGGUUGGGUGGUAUCGCAGUAGACUGGGUAGCUAGAAAUAUUUACUGGAGUGAUAUGAAACGUAAUCUUAUCGAGGUUGCACGUCUUGAUGGUGCUUAUCGACAUGUCGUUGUCUCCAAUGUGGAAGCACCAACAGCACUGGCUGUGGAUCCUGUACAGGGGUUGCUCUUUUAUGUGGGCAAUGGCAUUAUAGGACGCACUGGCUUAGAUGGUAGCCAAUCGUUCAUACUAGUGAAUCAGACGGGUACUGUUGGUAAUCUUAUUUUGGACAUUGAAGCGACGAAGGUAUAUUGGUGCGAUGGUGGGGCAAAUAGUAUUAUGAAAGUGGAUUAUGAUGGCAAUUUAAAGACUCCAUUACUUAAUCGCAGUCUCGAUAAUCCGGUGGCACUGGCCAUACUCGAUGAUUAUCUCUACUGGGCGGACAACAAUAACAAUAAGGGCAGUAUAAAGGUGGCACCACUUUCCAAUUUGUCCGACUACAAAGAGCUACUCAAAUCGGAAGGUAACGCACUGAAAGAUUUAAAAGUAUUUUCACAUCGAGUGCAAAAAGGCACCAACAUGUGUGCAGAAAACAACGGCGGUUGCGAGCAUCUGUGUCUGUUCAAUGGCACCAGCGCCAUUUGCGCUUGCUCCCACAGUCGAGUUGCCGCAGAUGGUAGUUCCUGUGAACCGUAUGAUAACUUUCUAUUGUUUUCGUAUCGCAGCACAAUCGAAAGUGUUCAUAUGACAGAUCAUACAAACAAAAAUGGGCCAAUCCAUGCCGUACACAAUACGACCUUUAUGAGGAAUGUGAUUGCGUUAAGUUACGAUUACGAGAACAAUAUCAUAUUUUAUUCGGACGUACAGAUGAGCACUAUCAACUCGGUGCAAUUUAACGGCAGUCGUAAUCAGGUGCUGGUUAGCCAUCAAGGACGUGUUGAGGGCCUUACAUACGACAUCGUGAAUAAAAUGCUAUUUUGGACAUCAAAUAAUGAUGCGUCUAUACGUAGCUUGGAGUUGCAGUAUAUUACCGAGAACGCGGACAAUAAUACGCAGUUUGUGAAGCGAGUAUUGAUGCUAAACUCUAAUGACAAGCCACGCGGCAUAGCAGUAGAACCUUGCAUGGGUAUGAUUUACUGGACGAAUUGGAACGAGGAGACACCAUCCAUACAACGUGCUUACGUCACCGGUUACGGCGUAGAGUCUAUUAUUCGUACGGACGUAAAAAUGCCAAAUGCGCUAACUCUGGAUUUUGAAGAACAUAAAUUGUACUGGGCUGAUGCGCGCCUCGAUAAAAUCGAACGUGCCAACUAUGAUGGCACACAUCGCACUGUGCUAGCGCAUUCCACCCCAAAGCACGCCUUUUCGAUGGCCAUUUAUGGGGAUUUGCUCUUCUGGACUGAUUGGGUACUACACGCUGUUGUGCGUGCAAGCAAAUACUCAGGCGCAGAUGUGGUAUUUUUGCGAGAAAAUAUCGAUCGACCGAUGGGUAUCAUUGCUGUCCAGAACACAACCAUCAAUUGUGACUCGAACCAGUGCAAGAUAUUGAAUGGCGGCUGUGAAGAUGUGUGCAUAUUGAGUAAGAACGGCACUGCGAGCUGUCAGUGCACAAGAGGCACACUAGCGCUAGAUGGGCGCCGUUGCUUACUAGUGCCUAAUUCGAAUUGUGAAAAAGACCAAUUCUCGUGUGUCUCUGGGGAAUGUAUACCACUGGAGCUAACGUGCGACAACGUCACGCAUUGUCUGGAUGGGUCCGACGAACUCCGUAGUUACUGCAUCAUACGCGAGUGCCCGGCACAUUUCUUUAUGUGCAACAACCAUCGUUGCAUACCACAGAAUCAAACAUGUGACGGCGUUCAUCAGUGUGGUGAUGGCUCUGACGAGUCGGAGCUGGUUUGCAAAUGUGAGCCCGACAAAUUCCGUUGCAAUAGUGGCGAGUGCAUCUCCAUGCAGUUUGUUUGUGACAACGUGCGUGACUGCAGAGAUUUUAGCGACGAGAAACACUGUCCGCCCCGAGAAUGUCCUAGUGGCGAUGUACUCUUCGAACACUGUGCUAACUCAACCGCUUGCUUCAUGCCAUCUUGGCGAUGCGACGGCGACAAAGAUUGCCCCGACGGCAGUGACGAAAUGAAUUGUGAAAGCGUGCACAAGGUCGCCUGUGGACCUGGUCAAUUCCAAUGCCCAAACGGACGUUGUAUAAAUGAGAAAUGGCGCUGCGAUGGGGAGAACGACUGUAAAGACGUGGUCGGUUCAUUGAGUGCUGAUGAAGUGGGCUGCCGAAUGCAAUGCCGGAAAAACGAGUUCCACUGCGGCAACACUUGUAUACCUAGUAGUUGGCAAUGUGACGGCAAGCCAGAUUGUGAAGAUGGUUCGGACGAAGGUCCGCAGUGCCCGAAUAGACAUUGCCAGCCACACUCUUUCCAGUGCAAAUCAUCUGGACGUUGCAUAUCGCAGAAAUGGGUUUGCGAUGGUGAACAUGAUUGUCCUGCACCAGGUAAUGAGGAUGAAGGUAAACAUUGUGCUACGGGGUCGGUACCGCAUGAAUUGGAAUGCAUGUCACCGUCUUUUCUUUGUUCGAAUGGUUUGUGCUUGGACCGGCGUUAUGUGUGUGACGGUGACCAUGAUUGUCCGGACGGCGAUGAUGAGUAUGAAAACUGUGAACCAUUUCCAUUAGCGCAAGUAUGCGAUGGCGAUGCUGAGUUCCAGUGUCACGAUACGCAAUGCAUUUCCAAGAAUCUCACAUGCGAUACCAAACCCGACUGCGUAGAUGGUUCCGAUGAGGAUGCACAGCUUUGCGCCCACUCACAUAAUUUGUGUCAGGGACCUGGUGAUUUCCGUUGCAAAAAUGGUGCUUGCAUUUCUACAGAUUUGUUAUGCGAUGGACGAAACGAUUGUGCGGAUUUCACAGAUGAAGAACUCUGCAAUGUGGACGAAUGCGUUAUUCCCGAUUUGUGCGAGCAUACUUGCGUGGAUAAGGUUAUCGGCUUUGAGUGUCAGUGCAAUCCUGGCUAUAAAUUACUUGCUUCCAAUCAUCAUUUAUGUGACGAUAUAGAUGAAUGCCAUGAACAGCAUCCCUGCUCGCAGAUAUGUGUCAACACAUAUGGCUCCUACAAGUGUCUGUGUGGCAAAGGCUAUGAAUUGGUGGAUCACAACACUUGCAAGGCCACCAGUAAUGAGACUGUGAAAUUCAUUUUCGCUAACCGUUAUUACAUACGGCAGGUAGACAUGCGGGGCAAUGGCUCUAUACUCAUACAUCAGCUAUCCAACGUGGUAGCUUUGGACUUUGAUUGGGAAAGUAAAUGCCUCUACUGGUCGGAUGUGACGUCGACGGUUGGUAUGAUAAAACGUUAUUGCCCAGCCGAAAAUAAAACCAUGACAUUGCAUCAAGCGAUGGUGAAGAAUCCCGAUGGCUUGGCCGUAGAUUGGGCGGGCAAAAAUCUAUAUUGGUGCGACAAAGGUUUGGACACCAUUGAGGUUUCUAAGCUGGAUGGUAAAUAUAGGCGUGUAUUAAUCAAUGAAAAUUUGCGCGAACCACGUGGCGUUGCACUGGAUCCCUUCAAUCGGUAUAUCUUUUGGUCGGAUUGGGGUGAUAAUCCGCACAUUGGCAAAGCGGGUAUGGAUGGCUCUAAUCCACAUGUGAUUAUAAGAGACAACUUAGGUUGGCCAAACGCGAUUACAAUUUCAUUCGAAACGAAUGAACUAUUUUGGGGUGAUGCACGUGAAGACACUAUUUCCGUAUCUGAUUUAGAUGGCAAAAAUGUACGACUUUUGCUAGCGCGUAGCAUUAAUCCACAGUUAAACUUACAUCACAUUUUCGCCAUCGCCGUAUGGGAAGAUAAGAUCUACUGGUCCGACUGGGAAACAAAGUCAAUUGAAUAUUGUAACAAAUAUAACGGACAAAAUUGUUCAACGCUUGUCACCAUCAUACAUCGACCGAUGGAUCUCCGCGUCUAUCAUCCAUAUCGGCAACAACAACCGACAACAUCUAAUCCUUGCUUGACGGCUGGUUGUGCCACGCUUUGCCUGCUCUCACCAGAUGCGCCGUAUUACAAGUGCGUUUGUCCCAACAAUUUUGUGCUGGGCGAGGAUGGUAAAUCGUGUCAUGCCAACUGCACUGCGGCCCACUUCGAAUGUGCCAACACAUACAAGUGUAUACCUUUCUAUUGGAAGUGUGACACGCAAGACGAUUGCGGAGAUGGCAGCGAUGAACCAGCAACUUGUCCCGCUUUUCACUGUGAACCUGGGCAAUAUCAAUGCGAUAACAAGAAAUGUAUUUAUCCGUCGGCUAUCUGUGACAACGUCAACAACUGUGGCGAUAAUUCGGAUGAGCGUAAUUGUGAAAAAUUUACCUGCUUCGAGAAUCACAUGAAAUGCGAAGCGUCGACAAAUACGAGCGCUUUCUGCAUAAGUAAUGGAAAGAAAUGCGAUGGGCUGAGUGACUGUCCGAACGGAGAAGAUGAGGCGGGUUGUACGCCACUCGUCUGCAAUAAAGAGCAGUUCCAGUGUGGGAACAAUCGCUGCAUGCCCUACGUGUGGGUAUGCGAUGGGGACAUCGACUGCCCAGACAAAUCGGACGAGGAAGGCUGCGAUUUGGUCACUUGUGAGCCAAACGAUUUUCAAUGCAAUUCUGGUCGUUGCAUACCGAUGGCUUGGCGUUGUGAUGGCGAGAACGACUGCCCCAAUGGCGAGGAUGAGCCACCUACUUGCCAUUCGUCGAAAGAGAGCUGCGAUCCCACCUACUUCAAGUGCAACAACUCCAAAUGCAUACCUGGUCGUUGGCGCUGCGAUUAUGAGAAUGAUUGUGGCGAUGGCAGCGACGAGCUGAACUGUCAGAUGCGUAAUUGCUCGGAGAGCGAAUUCCGUUGUGGCACCGGCAAGUGCAUUAAACACGAUUAUCGUUGUGAUGGCGAGAUACAUUGUGACGAUAGUAGCGAUGAGAUCAACUGCAACAUCACCUGCAAGGUGAAUCAGUUCAAAUGUGCGGCGUUUAAUACUUGCAUAAAUAAGCAAUAUCAAUGCGACGGUGAUGACGAUUGUCCGGACGGUUCGGACGAAGUGAAUUGUACUUGCCCGGUAAACUAUUUUACUUGCGCUAAUGGUAAAUGCAUAAUGUCACGAUGGAAGUGCGAUGGAUGGGAUGAUUGUACCGACGGCAGUGAUGAAAGCAUCGCUACAUGUGCACAUGAACACUGUCAUGCUAAUGCAUUCAAAUGUUCCAAUUUGAAAUGUAUUCGCAAAUCGGCACUUUGUGAUGGCGUCAACGAUUGCGAAAAUCAGGAGGACGAAUCAGAUGAAGUUUGCGCGGCGCUGCCGAAGUGCCGACACGAUCAGUUUCAAUGCGAGAAUGAUGACUGUAUUUCGAAAACUUUCCGCUGCGAUGGCCAAUACAAUUGCAUAGACGGUUCGGAUGAGAUGAAUUGCCAGCCACCAGUUUGUGGUUUUGGGACUUGUUCACAGAUUUGUAUUGAGAAAAAAGCAGGCCACUACAAUUGCAAAUGCACGGAAGGCUAUCAGAAAGGAUCGAAAAAGAACGACACAUGCCUAGCGUCAGGACCCGAUCAAAUCCUUUUACUUGCCUCUGAGCAAGAGUUCCGUUUCAUUUUGCCUGCCAAGCAGGAAGGUACCACUGUAGUAGGGUUCUUCCAUACAGACAGCUUGAAAAUCGAUGUCUUCGAUAUACUCAUCCGGCCCAAAGACACCCUCCUCUUUUGGAUUGAUUCGCACCAUGGCAAAGUGCAUACGAUGAAAAUCGCCACUCCGCAUGCUGAGACAGGUACGCGAGUGCGCAGAGACUUAAAGGAGCUGACUGCAUUUAACAUACCCGAUUUGAAUGAUCCAAAAUCAUUAGCGGUGGAUUGGAUUACGCAAAUGGUGUACAUAAUCGAUUCGCGCCACAAUCAAAUCAUUACCACGGAUAUUGACGGGAAAAAGUACGUCUCUUUGGCAUCGACUGGCAUGAAUCCGACCGAUAUAGUACUCGAGCCAGAAUCGCGUAUUAUGAUUUGGUCCACAUUGGAAAAUGGUAUUUUGGUGGCAUCGCUCGAUGGCACAAAUAAGAAAAGUUUGGUUGAGCGCGAUGUUGGCUGGCCCAUUAGUUUGUCGAUUGACUAUCCAACCGGUCGUUUGUAUUGGGCGGACUAUCGUAAAGGCACGAUCGAAACAUGUCGACUCAAUGGCAAGGAUCGAAAUGUCGUGCGACGUUUUUCUAACAAAGAGAAGCCGCAAAAAAUUGACGUAUUUGAGGAUUUCCUAUAUAUAAAAUUGUACGACCAAAGCAUCAUAAAAAUGAACAAAUUUGGCGUGGACAAUGGCACAUAUUUGCUUAAAGGUUACCGUUCAUCCGAUAUUGGAAUAUUACACCCAAUGAAACAGAAUCGUAAUAUCACAAACCCUUGCGCCAAAGAGCCUUGCAAGUCCAAGCGAGCACUCUGCAUACUUUCAUCUGAGGCGCGCAAUGGCUUCGCCUGCAAAUGCCCCAACGAUCUCAUAAUGGUCGACGAUGAGUGCAAAGCACACACUGAGGUACCCGAUUACUGCCCCUUAAAAUGUAAUCUGGGUACAUGCAAGGUGAUCGAUCAUGUGCCGAAAUGCAUCUGCCAGCCACAGUUCGAGGGAGAGCUCUGUGAGCAUUCGCGUUGUUCGGGUCACUGUUUGAACUAUGGGCUUUGUACGGUUGCACCCCAAUUGCCCGGUUCAUCUGAGCCGCCGCCACUCAAAUGCAGUUGCACACCGGGGUGGUCUGGACCGCGUUGUGAAACCUCAGUACCAGAGUGUCAGAGUCGUUGCCAUAAUGGUGGAUCAUGUUUGAUCACGGAGGAAGGUAUGAAGUGUACCUGCCCGGAGUUGUACGUCGGGGAACAGUGCGAGCAUUGCGUGAACUUGACCUGCGCUAAUGGUGGUAUCUGUCGUGAGACUUUGACGGGCACCACACAGUGCGAAUGUCCGGAUGGUUUUACUGGAAAACGUUGUGAGGUGAAUGUGUGUGACGGGUUCUGUAAGAAUCAGGGCGUAUGCAGUAUAGGCACCAAAGGUGGUCCGCAAUGUCAGUGUGCCGCUGGUUACUACGGCGAACAAUGCGAAUCGGAUUCCUGUCAGACAUAUUGCUUGAAUGAUGGCACCUGCACAGAAAACGGUCAGCAUUUGACAUGCAGCUGCGGAGAGCGCUUCGAAGGCGAGCGCUGCGAAACCGAUUUGUGCAAAACGUCGGCACCGCCAAAUUUUUGCGAUGAGUCCGAGUUGCCAUCACGCAAUCCCUGCACCGGCAUCAUUUGUCAAAACAGUGGAACAUGCCACGUCAUCAAAGGCAUGGCCAUGUGCAACUGCACCGAUCAGUGGAAUGGUGAUUUUUGUGAGCGACCUGUCGCCGAGGACAAUCCGUGCAUAGGCUAUUGUAAGAAUAGUGGUGUUUGCCAUUUGGACGCCUAUACGGUGCCACAUUGUACUUGCAUUGGUGAAUGGGAAGGUGGUGCUUGCAACAUGCCACCGAAAUGUGUCAGUAGUUGCGGUGUUUGCCGCACAGGCAGCUCAAUAAACGAAUGCCUCUGUGCGAACGGUAAGAUUGCACCCUGUUUAGCUGACAGCGCGGAAAACGUGAACAUCGAGCGACAGCAAGGACAGGAACACACUGCGAAUGUGCUUUCGAUAUUGGCCGUGGUACUGGCAGUCGCCAUAUUGUUAUUAACACUCUUCGGUGGAGCGAUAUAUUUUCUCAAGAAACAUCGCAUAUCGCAACCAUUUUCACAUGCGCGACUCACCGAUAAUGUUGAAAUUAUGCUUACAAAUCCAAUGUACAGAGGCGAUGCGGAUGAAACACCAGCCUUUGUGCAUGAGGAUGAUAAGGGCAAUUUUGCGAAUCCCGUUUACGAGUCCAUGUAUGCGGAUGCAAUUGUAGAGCCAGUGGCGGUGGCCGAAAAUGUUUUGAGCAUGGCGCCCGAUGAACGCAAAGGCUUACUGCAACACUCACACGACGACACAAGUACGCCGGACAUUCUUUGAUGAUUAACAACGAACGAAGUGUGCUAAUGAGGAAGCUUUCAUAUUCGUAUAGGAGGCAAAUAUUAAGGAGGAAGAAAAGCUUUCACAAAAGUCAUGCAUAUAGCACUUAUACGAACACACUGAAAUAUAUAUACAUAUGUAUAUGUAUAUAUACAUACAUACAUGUAAAGGACUGAUAGCGUAAAGAAUUUUAUGUAUUUAUUCAAUUUCCAAGUGAAAAAUGCCAUUAACACGAUGAACAUCAUGACUUAAUCUGAUAGAUCUGGUAGAGAGAUUCAAUUUUAGUAUAAAAAGUCAAUGGUACAUUAUAGGGUAAAAUGAAUAGAAUUAUUAUACAAUCGUUAUCCGCGCAUAUUGAAAAAAUGUAUUGUAAAUAGGAAAAAACCUAGUGUUGCUGGCGUUUUUCGAGCUUAUAAAAUAGCAUAUCAACUCCAAACAGCUACGUAUAUACACAUAUGUAGGUUUGCCGUAGCUAACAACUAAGGCAAAAGCAAUAUACUAAUUAGUAAUUGUAUAUUUAUAGCAAUAGUAUGAGUGUUUUAUUUUUUAUUUUUUGUAGCUUCUUAUAUUAAAUGGUUUGCUGUAAUUGAAGCAGUAGGAGAAGCUGCUAGCGAAUCUGAAUGAAAAACAGUGAAUUAUGAUUUUCGAUAUUAACAGAUUUAACAUAUUUAAUUGAAAAAUAUUUUACUAAUGCAUAUGCACCAACUGCACAAUGUCCGAAUGCGCACAUGCCUAACAAAUUUGUACGAAAAUCAACUGAUAUCUUAAGAUUGACAGGUGUAUAAUAUAAACAUAAGAAUUAAGAAAUAAUUAUAGUUACUGCAUCAAUUUCUAUUAUAUAAUUAAUACUACCGACCGCGUGCAAUUUUCUCUGAGUAUUUUGCUUGGCGGAAUGGUAAUACGAGUAUAUGAACAACAUUGUGAUGCCUCUUCUGUGCGAUUUUAGACUUAUUUCGGUUUCUUUGUAUACUAAGCCUAGUCCUUUGAAUUUCCGAAUUCCUUUCACGUCAAGGCAGCUAUCACUAUAUUAUUUAUUACUGGUGCAUUUAAAAAUAAUAGCGGACGAACGGUCUUGCACGCACACAAAAACGCAUAUUUCUGACAGAAUUAGCAAAAGGUGUUUAUUGUUUUGUAAAUAGCUGAUUGAAAAGAAUGCACGUGACUGCAAUAACCUUUACAAUUAAUUGUACCCUUCGAUGAAAUGACUGUUUACUUCAAUGUAGAUUAGGACCCAAUAACGAAUAAGUUUAAAGACUCUAAGUGAACACGUACGAAUAUCUAUGUAUAUAUUUAUAAGUAACGAACAAAUGCUUGCAUUUAACAGAAAUUGUGAGAUUUUUCUAUAGCUUUAAGUUCAAAUAUACAAACAUGCAUACAUUACUAAACGGUAAGACAUGGACGCAUAUGAAUUUGAUAUUUACAAACAUACAUACAUAGAUAAGCAAUUGUAAUAUAUAGACCGUAUACAUUCAACUCAAAUAAAAUUCAAGCAAAUAAAUGAAAUAACACCAUUAUGUGUAUGUACAUAC